UUUUCUCUGUGGCUCCGGAACUUGCCCGGACGAUACAGAUUUCCCUAUUUCUAUACACAAUGGUCCUCCGAGUGAGCGGUGCUUCGUCAUAAUUAACAUCUCAACCCGUGUCCCGCGUCUCUCAAGCCCGCUGUCGCCUUGGUGUCGUAAUCUCAUAUUCACCGCUCUCACUCUCAGUUGGUGAACGGGUGUUGCGGAUACGAACAACACUUUCACAAUGGCACCAUCCCCUAUCACGCGGUGCUCUUCCACAGAGGCUUCCCUCUCCACAGAGGUGUCUAAACCCGGCAGAAGGAAAGGCGCGAGGACGGUGUCAAAUAUGAACCCGAUCCAACUGGCGAAGAAACGCGCCAACGACCGGGAGGCGCAGCGCAACAUCCGACAGCGCAACAAGGAGCUCAUCGGGCGCUUAACGGAGCAAAACGGCUACUUGACGGAGCAGCUAGAGAGCAAGGAAAAUCAGGUCCAGCAGCUGCUCUCUCUCAAAAAGGCGCUUGAGCGGGAGCUGGCAACCCUGAGAGAGGCGCUCUCACUGUCCUCGUCGGAUCGCGCCGCUUGUCAGGCGUCAACAGGCUUCGACGUCGAGAGGUUACCGGCUGCUGCUGCUACUGGCCACCAUUCACCCGUGGCCAGCCGGCCGCCGUCCUUUGGAAGCCCGGGCGAAUACACCACGGCAGCGGCAGCGACGAGUGCGAGUCCCUUUGUGCCCUCGUACCUCCCAACCCCGGAACCGUGCGACGCGUGGCCCUCGGUGAUACCCAUGACGUCCGCAGUCACGGUGCCUUCGGCCGUGUCCAGCCCGGGGGCCUCGCCGUCCGCCGGUCAUCCCGGAACCGACGACUACGGAUCCGGCUUUAUGCCCACCAGCGUACCGCCGCCGCCCGUCAUCAACGGGUCUGUUAUACCCAGCGCCGCGUCGUUAUCCUAUCGUCUGCAUGCCGCCAAGAUGGGGUAUGGAGAGCUCGAUACCGACCAAGGCUACACAAGCCACAACGUCCCGCAGUCACCACCUCCGUACCACGCGAUGCAGCACCAGUCAUGGGCUGUCUACCAACAGUCGGGAUUCUAGGAGCUGCCGCCUCACGCUGCUUACGACGUAUGAGAGGCUUCUUUGAGAAGAAGGUUGG